UGGGACUCAGGCGUGUACCACUAUGCCAGCCCAACUCUUCUUCAGUUAAAUUGAGUUUUCUUAAAUAGUCUCAAAGGAUGAAAUAUUAUAAGAAUUUCAAUGAGCUGUUUAUAUCCACAAAUGUAGAAGCAGGCCUUCCUCAGCAGCAUCCAUACACAGUCCAAAAUUUUGAGACAGGGACAUUGAGGCUCAAAAGGGUUAUGCAACCACCAGGAUUCACAGGUGGUACAGGCAGAGUGAGGUCUCUAGCUUUUGUCUGUCUGACUCCAAAGCCAGUGUUCUUUCCAGUUUGGGCCAAAAUGGAGGUGGGGGUGGGUAGGCUCUGUGGUCUCCAGAGAGUUGGCAGAGUGGAGUCCUGGCCAGAGCUGCAGGUGCUGAGCUGUCAGCCAGGUCAGCCCAGGAUGAACUCUUCUAGGGUCCCCCUAGUUCCUUCUGCCUGCCCCACUCUACCACCAUCCUCCUGAGCCCUCAAGUGUCUUUGAAAACAGACCACAGGUCAGGUCAUGGGGGAGAGCAGGGGCUGUGCUCUGAGCUCAUACCUCUCUGAUGUCACAUGAUUGUGAGAUCAGGCUGUAAAGGGAUGCGCCGUGAGAGAGGUCUUCAACGUUCCUCCUGCAAGUCCAAUGCUAGGCAAGGUGUCUUACCUGUCUGCUUUCAUGCCCUCACAAAACCCUUUGAGACGGCUGGUAUUGUUAUCCCUGCACACAGCCCCUUCAUGAAUAAGUUUUUUCCAGCCAACUUCCCAAAUCAACAGUAUCAGCUGCUCUUCACUCAGGGCUCUGGGGAAAACAAGGAAGAGAUCAUCAAUUAUGAAUUUGACACUAAGGACCUGGUGUGCCUGGCCCUAAGCAGCAUCGUUGGCGUCUGGUACCUGCUGAGGAAGCACUGGAUUGCCAACAAUCUCUUCGGCCUGGCCUUCUCCCUAAAUGGCGUGGAACUCCUGCACCUGAACAAUGUCAGCACUGGCUGCAUCCUGCUGGGUGGACUCUUCAUCUAUGAUGUCUUCUGGGUGUUUGGCACCAACGUUAUGGUAACAGUGGCCAAGUCCUUUGAGGCACCAAUAAAAUUGGUGUUUCCCCAGGAUCUGCUGGAGAAGGGCCUCGAAGCAGACAACUUCGCUAUGCUGGGACUUGGAGAUGUCGUCAUUCCAGGGAUCUUCAUUGCCUUGCUGCUGCGCUUUGACAUCAGCUUGAAGAAGAACACCCAUACCUACUUCUACACCAGCUUCGCAGCCUACAUCUUCGGCCUGGGCCUUACCAUCUUCAUCAUGCACAUCUUCAAGCACGCCCAGCCUGCCCUCCUGUACCUGGUUCCCGCCUGCAUCGGCUUUCCUGUCCUGGUGGCCCUGGCCAAGGGAGAAGUGACAGAGAUGUUCAGCUACGAGUCCUCAGCGGAAAUCCUGCCUCACACCCCGAGGCUCACCCACUUCCCCACAGUCUCGGGCUCCCCCGCCAGCCUGGCCGACUCCAUGCAACAGAAGCUAGCCGGGCCUCGUCGCCGGCGCCCACAGAAUCCCAGCGCCAUUUACGAGGAAUCCAGUCCUAAAGAUCCAGCAGCAGUGACAGAGUCCAAAGAGGCAACAGAGGCAUCAGCAUCGAAGGGUCUGGAGAAGAAGGAGAAGUGAUGCAGCUGGCGCCUGGCACUGAGACCGACCAGACAGGCGCAGGAUGGAGGCAUGGGGCAGGGCGGGAAGCUGAUGGCUGCUCCGCUCCGGGGCUGGGGGUGGCAGGCAGAAUCCCUCCAAGGCCUCUGUCUCCCUCUUGCCUGCCUCUGGCCUUCUCUGCCCCUCCUCAGCCCUGCAGCAAAAGAACCCCCAGCUUCUUCCUUCCCCAGGAGCCAAGUGGGGCACUGGGUGUGAUUUUUAGAUUUUUGUAUUGUGGACUGACUUUGCCUCGUAUUAAAGACUCAUCCCAUGGCCCGCCGCGCUGCUGUGCUCUGGAGCCUGGGAAGCUUCACUGCGUACCUA